UGGAGAGAGCGGGGCAGGGAAAACAGAGAGUACGAAGCUAUUGUUGCAGCACAUAAUGAACUUAUGCAAAGGCAACUCGCAGCUGGAGCAGCAGAUCCUUCAGGUGAAUCCAUUGCUUGAAGCUUUUGGCAAUGCCCAGACUGUGAUGAAUGACAACAGCAGCCGCUUUGGAAAAUACAUACAGCUGCGUUUCCAGAAUAAUACAGUGCAAGGUGCGAAGCUGAGUGAGUACCUCUUAGAGAAAUCACGGGUAGUGCAUCAAGAUACUGAUGAGAGGAAUUUCCAUAUCUUCUACUAUAUGCUUGCUGGACUCUCUUCAGAGGAAAAGGAGAUGUAUGGGCUAUUGGAUCCUUCACUCUACAGGUACAUAAGUGGACGAUUUGGUACACAGGAUGUAGCUCAGCACUGGAAGCACAAAUAUCAAGAGGUGUGCAAUGCCCUUGACAUAGUGGGCUUCCAGGAACAGGAGCAAGUGGACAUGCAGGCUAUCUUGGCUGGUGUGUUGUCUCUGGGCAAUGUGACCUUUGAGCCUGAGGAGAGCAAUGAGUCUGUAAAAGUGAGUGAAGCCUCACAGGGAUGGCUGAAGGCUGCAGCGAGUCAGUUUGGAGUCCAAGAAGAUGAAAUGUUAAAAUGCCUUGUUUGUACGGUGUUGGUGACCCGAGGUGAACAGAUUCAGCGUUUUCACACCCAGCAGCAGGCAGAAGAUACUCGGGACUCCAUUGCAAAGAUGGCAUAUGGCCGAGUGUUUAGCUGGAUUGUUUGCAAGAUCAAUCAGCUGCUGGCUAAGAACAUGGAUCCUGAGGUGGAACUGAGGGAGAUAGGUAUCUUGGAUAUUUUUGGGUUUGAAAACUUUGCAGUGAAUCGUUUCGAACAGCUUUGCAUAAACUUGGCCAAUGAGCAGCUACAGCACUUCUUCAACCAUCUGGAGCAGGCUGCCUAUAAGGAAGAACUGCCUUGGGAGACUAUCACAUUCAACAAUAAUGAACCUAUUCUGAAUCUGUUCCUGGCCAAGCCACUUGGGCUCCUGUCUCUUCUGGAUGAGCAGAGUGCAUUCCCUCAGGCAACUGAUAAGACGUUUGUGGAUAAACUAAACAGUCGCUUCAAGGAGAAUUUACACUUCCAGCCAGGCCGAGGCCGUGUUUUGGGUUUCAGCAUCAUUCACUAUGCUGGGAAAGUACAAUAUACUGCUGAGGGCUUUCUAGAGAAGAACAGAGACACCUUUCCAGCCAGUGUCCGUGAGCUCUUCAUCAACAGUGUCACCCCCUUGCUCAGUGUGCUGUUCACAGCCACUGUCUCCAGGACGGGGACACUGAUGCCUCACAUGAAAGCCAAGGUCACACCAGGAGCAGACAAGUUCAACAGCACACGAAACCAGUCUGCUGGAGCUCAGUUCCGGCAUUCCCUGACAGCACUUAUGGAGAGGAUAUAUUCUGCGAAGCCCCACUUUGUGCGCUGUAUAAAGCCUAACAGCCAGAAGGAGCCAGGUGUGGUGGACAACCAGGUGGUGCUGCAGCAGCUCCGGUACAACGGACUGCUGGAGACAAUCCGUAUCCGAAGAGAUGGUUUCUCCUGGAGACCCUCAUUUGAGGAAUUUGCUGAAAGGAGCAAAGACUGCUGCAGACACUACAUGAUCCAAAUGCAGCCUAGUACACAGUAUGUCAUCCUGGGGGAAGACCGGGCUCAUGCCUCGCUCACCGAACUGGUUCGGUAUCACCAGACUGUGGGCAUCCAGCCCUUCAUGGAGACACUCACUCUUCCCUGCGAGCAGAAAAGUAGUGAGAGUUUGGAUUACAAAGAUCUGAGUCUGCCAGCAGCCAAGCAGGAGAGACCUCCAGAGGAGCAGCCCUGCCCCUCCAGGCCUUCCGCCAGCAGACCGGCUCUGCAGUCAGGAGCAGCGGAAGUUCUCAGGUAUGUGCGGUUCAAGAGCACCAAGAGUUGCCGAAACCAACAGAGCCUGGACAAGAGUAAGACAACGCCAAGCUCAGGGAAGGAGAGAGGCAGCCAACAAGCCCUCCCUCGCCACCACUCUUUUAUACGCCUGGCGAUGAAGGAAAUCCAGCAGUUCUCUUCCGUUCCCUUGAACACCUCUGUACAGAGCCGCUGUCGAGAUAUCAGCACUGAUGAUGUAAAGUCCAAGUGA